UGAGAUCAAGUGGAGGAAGCGGGGAGAGAGGAGUUGGGGCUGUCCCGGAGGCCAAGGACCGAGAGGUCUCCGGUGACCCCUGCGAAGCCCCUGUGGCUGGAAAGGAGCCGAGCGCCUGCGUGAAAGGAGGAACCUGCUCGGAAGUUCGCGCCUACCUGAGCUGGGAACUCAAUCUGCGGGUCUGAAGCCCUUCCCCUGCGUGGUGACUCUGGUGGCUGCGUCUGCGCCUUAGCCAUGAGGAUCCGGAUGGCCGUGAGGUGGACCUGGGCAGGCAAAAGCUGCCUGUUGCUGGCGCUUUUAACAGUGGCCUAUAUCCUGGUCGAACUCUCUGUCUCCACUUUCCAUGCCUCCUCAGCCGCCGGCCUUGCUAGGGAGAGGGGCCCCCAACAGCUCUCAGACCCCUGGGGAAAGGCAGAGGGGUUGUCUCGACCGCUUUAUGAGAAGCCCCCUGCAGAUUUCCACGCACUUGGGGAGUGGGGGAAAGCCAGCAAACUCCAGCUCAGCGAGGAUGAACUGAAGCAGCAAGAAGAACUUAUCGAGAGAUAUGCCAUUAAUAUUUAUCUCAGCGACAGGAUUUCCCUGCACCGGCACAUAGAAGAUAAAAGAAUGUAUGAGUGUAAAUCCCAGAAGUUUAAUUAUAGGAGACUUCCCACCACCUCUGUUAUCAUUGCUUUCUAUAAUGAAGCCUGGUCGACUUUGCUCCGCACCAUCCACAGUGUUUUAGAAACUUCUCCUGCAGUCCUCUUGAAGGAGAUCAUCCUAGUGGAUGACUUGAGUGACAGAGUUUAUUUGAAGACACAGCUUGAAACUUACAUCAGCAAUCUCGAGAGAGUCCGCUUGAUUAGAACAAAUAAGCGGGAGGGGCUGGUUCGAGCCCGCCUGAUUGGGGCCACUUUUGCCACGGGGGAUGUCCUCACCUUUCUUGAUUGCCACUGUGAGUGUAAUUCCGGUUGGUUGGAACCACUUUUGGAAAGAAUUGGUGAAGAUGAAACAGCAAUUGUGUGUCCUGUGAUAGACACCAUUGAUUGGAAUACUUUUGAGUUCUAUAUGCAGACUGGGGAGCCCAUGAUUGGUGGAUUUGACUGGCGCUUAACCUUCCAGUGGCAUUCUGUCCCCAAACAUGAAAGGGACAGACGGAAAUCGAGAAUUGACCCAAUCAGAUCGCCCACCAUGGCUGGAGGACUGUUCGCUGUCAGCAAGAAAUAUUUUCAGUACCUUGGGACGUAUGACACUGGAAUGGAAGUGUGGGGCGGUGAGAACCUCGAGCUGUCUUUUCGGGUGUGGCAGUGUGGAGGGAAACUGGAGAUCCACCCGUGUUCCCAUGUGGGCCAUGUAUUCCCCAAGCGGGCCCCAUACGCUCGGCCCAACUUCCUACAGAAUACUGCUCGGGCAGCGGAAGUGUGGAUGGACCAGUACAAAGAACAUUUCUACAAUCGAAACCCUCCAGCAAGGAAGGAGGCUUAUGGUGAUAUAUCGGAAAGAAAAUUACUACGAGAACGGCUGAAGUGCAAGAGCUUUGACUGGUAUUUGAAAAAUGUGUUUUCUAAUUUACAUGUUCCGGAGGAUAGGCCAGGCUGGCAUGGAGCUGUUCGCAGUAUGGGGAUCUCUUCUGAAUGUUUAGAUUAUAACUCUCCUGACAGUAACCCCACAGGUGCCAACCUUUCACUGUUUGGCUGCCAUGGUCAAGGAGGCAAUCAGUUUUUUGAAUAUACUUCGAACAAGGAAAUAAGGUUUAACUCUGUGACAGAGUUAUGCGCAGAGGUUCCCCAGCAAAAAAAUUAUGUAGGAAUGCAGAAUUGCCCAAAAGAUGGGUUCCCCAUUCCAGCCAACAUUAUAUGGCAUUUUAAAGAAGACGGAACCAUUUUCCAUCCCCACUCAGGACUGUGUCUUAGUGCUUUUCGGACACCUGAGGGUCGCCCUGAUGUUCAAAUGAGAACUUGUGAUGCUCUCGAUAAAAAUCAAAUUUGGAAGUUUGAGAAAUAGAAGAGCACAACACUUUCUUUCUGAGCGGACAAUAGUUUCGAGAAAGUCAAAGAGCCUUUAAAGAGCCUCAGUUAUGACUGUAUUUUAUCAGAAAUCACCCACUGGUCAUCUGCGAGAGCUCUGUGAAAGCUGUGUUUCAUUUUGGUGUAGAACACUGAAAGUGGAUGCACAGAGAGCUGCUGUUUAAUAUUUCAAAGUGCCUUACUUAUGGGUUGUUUUAUUUAAAACCUCUGUCGAUAUGGUUUUCUCUCCUUACUUAAAGAAGUAGACUGUGAAUUGAGCUAUAGAAAACAUUUAAGUGCCAGACUUACUAUUAAAGAAUGUAAACAUCCAAGCAGAAUGAGGGAUGAUUUAUGUUGAUGGAUAAGUUCCCCACCCAUCUCUUUAAAAACAAAACUCAUAAAUGUGCAGUUUGAGCUAUUGCUGUUUUUAUUGUAUGUAGGAUUUGAAUUUCUUGUAGCCAGCACAUUGAAGUUUAGGUGUUAUUUUCUUUGUUUUGUUUUAAUUUUCCUUUAAUCACCUAGAAAUCAAAGGAAGUUGAUCUUAAGGAGAAAGGCCCGGUUUUGAUGUAUGUUUCAUUGGAAGAGGGCAUUAAUUUGAAUAUGAGUUUAGAGGUGUUUUGAACUUGCAGACAUCUCAGAAAAAUAUACCCACAUCUGAAUGAAACAGGGAGAUAUUUACAUUCCACACUUGGUAAACUUGAGCUAUUAGACUUAACUGACCUGUAUGGAUACCUCAUUUUGCUCUGAUUUUGUAAGCUGUCCUCUCUAUGAACUCUUGUGGGCUGGCGGGGGAGGCAUUUUCUGAUUGCACUUCCUUAAGUUAUGAAUGUAUUGGAGAGGGACUCAUUCACAGUACUGUGCUUCCCUUUGUUAAUGCUUAAUCGCUUAAAGUAAACAUGAUUGUGGACUCUCUGAAGUUAAACCCAACUGUGUUUACUGAAAUGUGUGAAACUGAAAGUGGGCCCAGUGCUACAAAGGCUGUGGAAGUCUUCUAGGAGUUCUUCCUGGUGAGGACAUUUACGGAUUUAUCUUAAAACAAGGAAAAAGCCUGGUUGGACACUGGCAAGUACUGCCUCUUGCAGCCUGUUUUCAGCAUCUAGCACCAAGCCUGGCACUUAGGCAGCUUUCAGUAAGUGGGUGAAUGAAUGAAUGAUGAAUGAAUGAAUGCCUCAGCCAUGGAAUGUGAUAUUGGUCAUGUCAUUUGACCAAAAGACUCCGUUUGAGCUUCAGUUUUCUCAUCUAUAAAAUGUGGGUGCUGGAUUAGAUCUCAAAGAUCCCUUCCAGCUCUGAAAUGUGAUUAUACAUCACAGCCAUUCGUGCAGUCUUUACAACGCUUUUUAUCUCUUCACUUUUAACACAGAUAAUGUUGUUGAGCAACAUUCAGUCCAGUUAUGAAGCUGGAAAAGAGAGGUAGUUUUAAAGUUAAGUGAGCUGAGCUCAACUGAAGCAGUUUAUUUUGGAUUGGGUGGAAAGUUGUUGUGGUCAGUGUUUGUAUUCAUUUUAUUUGACAAUUAUUGAACCAAUUUUGUUUUUAUCUUUCAAACUCUAAAAGUAAUCUUUUGGACUAAGAAUAUAAAUAUUUUCCAAACCAAAUUAUCUGAGAAAUAACCAUACCGAAAAAUGUAUAUAUGUAUCUAUAUAUACCAGUAAAAGUAUACACACACACACACACACACACACUUUUACUGGUUUUGUUCCAAAGCUUUAUCCAAGAAUCACAAGCUGAAUUUAGAAUCAAGUCUCAAUUAGUUCACUUUGGUCUAGAUUUAUGAAAAACGCAUACUCCGUAGAGAGUUAGUCCACAGUACUCACAAGUAAAGUUGUUUUCAAUGUGUAAUUGAUGACUAGAGAGAAGGAACUUUGCAAAACUGGAAUUUAAGAAAAACUUUUAGGAUAGCCAUUUCAGAAAAUAAAAGUGCACUGUAUCUUGA